UUGCAGAACGAAGGAUAAAGAGUUUUAGAACACAACAAUUUUGAGGUUUGUCCCGAGUCGACUAUGAACUGAACGGCUGAAGCUGAACUGGUCGAGAUAAACGGCAUUCCCGCACUGGGUUUUCCCUCCUUGCUUGAGCUCGAAGUGUGAGGAUAUCCGGGGUCUAAUCUUACACCUGAAAAACCACAUUACUGAAGAUUCCUUUCCUACAUGUCAAUCCAUAACGAGAUAAAGGCUAUCAUCCUCAGGGCUUUGCCCAGUCUGACUGAGGAGAUUCGAGAACAUGUCAUCACUUCACUUGAACGCUCAGGUGUGGAAUCUAUAGAAGACCUCGUAUAUGUACAACAGGAAGAUCUCAAAGAUGUCCUGCCUAUUAUACAGCAAAGGAAACUUUUGGAGGCAUUCAAACUUGAAACUACAAAAGUCACACUUGAUCUCCAAAUAUUGCCAGAUGAGUCAACAGAUACAAGUAUGUCUUCACUCUCCAGUCCACAGCCUUGCACAUCUUCAAGCUCAAGCUCUUCACGAGCAUCAACACCUUGUACUUUAAGCAAGGCAAGCCAAUCACCCAACAUAUCCAGUAAGUGGUAUGAAAAUUUUGAGAUUCCUUGGGAUAAAAUGCCUGUGGAAGUGCAGUCAGCUAUUGCCAACAGCAAGCGCCCUGCUCCUGACAAGCGACGCCAGAUGAUACGUAUCCUAGCUGAUGAAAUCAGGAAAUGUGAGAAUAACCCCACACGCAAUGAAUGUCUCAUCAUCUGCCGCAACAUUGUUAAGCAUUUCCCCAACAGUUUUGCAGAUAUGACACCAAGCGGUGUCAUCAUUGGUAGUGGAUGUACUUCACUGCUUUGUCAAUUAAAAACAAGAAUUGAGAACAUGAACCGUGCAGGGACAAAGAACAGACUCCGAACUUCAAAAGUGCCUGGACAACAGCAUCAGAGGCCAAGUGAUUCUUAUGGAUGCACACAAUUUAACCCUGAACUGCCACCAGAAGAAACAUAUGAAACACUGGAGCAGAAGAGGCAACAGUUGGAGACCAUUUAUAGACAAGAAGGUAUUCGCAGUGGUGAGAAGGGGGAAGUGAUUAACCUUAUGAAAACAACAUUCUGUCUUCAGCGUAGACACAUAAAUCAGGCUCCAUCACCGUCCAUCGAAGAUAUGAGAAUCCAGUGGCCUUACCUUUUUACACAAAGAGGUAUCUUCAUUCACUUCGAGUUACUAACUGACAUUAACGUGUUACGUGUCUUGGACCUAUCCAUUAAGGAAUGUGGACAGGGAAUCAGGAAGUACCUGCAGACCAAAUCAAAGAACAAAGAUGUGCAGUCUAUCGUCACCCAGGAUGAAGAUGGAGAGUUGACUCUAAUACAGCUGCUGAUGGCCUACUUCGAUGAAGGGAUAGAGGGACUAAUACUCCGUGCUGAUAUAUCUGCCACGGCAGCAGAUGUUGAGAGCACUCUGACCAUCCCCGCCUCUCCACGACUGAUACUGCUGUUUGCCGGUGAUGAAGCCACAAUUGGAGGAUGGAUGAUCACCAUCGAAAAUCAUGUAAUCUGUGAAGGUGUCGACCAAAGCAUCAUCACAGGGCUAGCUGCAGUUUUCUCUACUUACUACAUCUUUAAUCUACAGUACCAAGAAGAAGCUUCAAGGACCCUGGAGUUUGUACAAAGGCGCUUCAUUGGUUUGAAUCCAGAGAGAGGGACAAAGGCCAGCCAGGUGAAGGUGAUCUCCAAAAAGACGGGGAAACUUGUCCAUAAAAAGACUGCAACUGUGAAUGUCCACGUAGCCAACCUGAUAAAAAAUCUUUUGGACUUUGAGUGGGGUUUUGUGCAGUAAUACAAAGCCAGUACAGCUGAUGUUCAACAUCCUGUUUCAGAGCUGAAGUCGCUGCUGUGCUCUGCAGUUGAGUGUUAAUGCAAAGUCAGUACAUUGUUCUGCAUUUGAGUGUUCAGUUGAAGUCAGUGCAGUAUUCUGCGAUUGAGUGUUAAUGCAAAGUCAGUACAUU